CAUUUCGUAGAACCACAGAACAUGCCGAGUUGAAGGGGACCCACGGGGAGCACCGAGUCCAACCCUUAACCCUGCACAGGACAGCCCGGGAGUCACACCGUGUGCCUGAGAGCCUUGUCCAAGCGCUUCCCGAGCUGUGUCCGGCUUGGUGCUGUGACCACUUCUCUGGGGAGCCUGUUCAGUGCCCGACCACCCUCUGGGGGAAGAACCUCUUCCCAAUAACCAGUUCUGCAGACAUCCUCCCAGGCUUUUUUCCCGCAAAACUUCUCAGUGUUGGGAUACAAGUGCUGAGCUGGGCAGGCCCGCACACGGCAGGUGCUCCCUCGGGAACGCGGCAUUCGAGCUCCGGGGAGUGCAAACCCGGGAGAUCGGGAUGAGGAGUCUGUGCAGAGUGACGGGAGGUGUUGUUGUGAGGUGGUGCUUGACGUGUGUCUGCUGGGCGUGUGCUCACCAAACACGGCCCGGGGAGCGGGACAGGAGGGGACUGCAGCGUUACUGGGAAGGAGAACAGUGACUCCACUGGGAGCACAUCUGUCUGGGAAUAGAAAUCGGUCACAGCUCAAGCCGUAAUUGGGAACUUUUAUUUUACGUUGAGAAAUGCCGUAAUCCUUCACAGAAUGCUCUGGCAGGAGCUCCCUUUGUGUGCUGUGUGUUUCUCACACCGUGGCAGAUCUCAACAGCUGCGGGUUGUGUCCCUGGGUGGGUUUAUACCCAAGUGUAGCUACAAGAACCUGCAGGGUGAAGUUGUGUUUCUCGGGGGUGAACACCUCAUAAGGUGUUUGUAAUGCAGCUGUUAUCUGUAUUAAUGCAGAUUAAUCUGUGUUUAAGCUCAGGUGGGUGUGCUGCAGUUAGCUGGGCAUUGCACACCUCUGCCUGGGGAAGUCUUAAAGGGGUGUGAAGCAAUGGUUUACAUUACAAGUGAUGAACUCAGCAAAGGGGCAUUUGGGGGAAAGUCAGAUCAGAGGGAUCAGAGAGAGGAAGUGGAUAAAGACUGGGAAGGCACAGGGUAAAUCCUUAUCAGACAGCUAGGGGAAUUUCUAAAUUGGUUUAUACUGACAUGGAUUCCUUGGCUUACCAGUUUCAGAAUGCUGUGGGAGUUCUUUUGAUCUGCCAAUAGACUCUGCAAGUGAAUGAGAACUUCUUUCUACAGGACUGAGGUGAAGAACUUCACCAUGGGUCAACAAAUUUCAAACCACACACAAACUGUAAUUAACAAGUUGCCAGAAAAAGUAGCAAAGCACGCCUCUUUGGUUCAAGAAAGUGGUUUCCUAACCUAUGAAGAGUUUCUGGGAAGAGUAGCUGAACUUAAUGAUGUUACUGCAAAAUUGGCUUCUGGACAAGACAAACAUCUAUUAUUUGAAGUGCAGCCUGGUUCUGAUACUUCUGCUUUCUGGAAGGUGAUAGUUCGGAUCAUCUGUACUAAGAUAAAUAAAACAAGUGGCAUCGUGGAAGCUUCCAGAAUCUUGAACUUAUAUCAGUUCAUUCAACUUUAUAAAGACAUCACCAGUCAAGCAGCAGGAGUUCUUGCACAGAGUGAUACUUCUGAAGAAGCUUCGGAGAGUUUGACGUCUCUGUCAUCGUGUCAGGCCAGCUUGUGGAUGGGAAGGGUUAAGCAGCUGACAGAUGAAGAGGAAUGUUGCAUUUGCAUGGAUGGGCGUGCCGAUUUAAUCUUGCCGUGUGCUCACAGUUUCUGCCAGAAAUGCAUCGAUAAAUGGAGCGACCGUCACAGGAACUGUCCUGUGUGCCGGCGACAAGUGACUGGGGCGGGUGAUUCUUGGGUGGUCUCAGACGCGCCUACGGAAGACGAUGUUGCCACUUACAUCCUUAACAUGGUGGAUGAGGCUGGCCAGCCCCACAGACCCUGACCCUGGCCAGGCUGAGCAGAGCAGAGCCACUUGAAGCUUUCGUUUCCAUGGACGUCUGUUUUUACCUCCCGUUGCCGCUCUUCCAGAGUCCGUCUUUUCCGUCUCCUCUUGGCUGCUGUGAACCGACGCUGCUCCUUUGAAACACUGGGUGUAUGAGCAAGUCUGUGUGUGUGUGUGUGUGUGCAACCCUAAUGAUCAAACUGCACCUUCAGUAAACUCUUUUGAUAUUAACAGUUCAACUACUAGAUGAAGCAAUUCGUAACAGCACAACCGCGACUGCUAACUGCUGUUUGAACAUCCCAGUGUGCUGCUGCAGAGAUGAACCUUGUCAGGUGGCUUGACCUCACAGUUCUUGCCCUUCAAAGCAGUCCCUCGUAGUCUCACACCAAACGUGAAUGAAGGUGAUGAGUUAGCAGGAGUGAUUGGUAAUUUGAAAUUUCUCUGCUGAAACUUGAAGAUGUCCCACUGCCUGUUCUUCAGUAGUCAGUUAUUGCUGCUUUUAGGGUUUACAGGCACUUAUAGCAAUCUGAUCUGUUAUGACUUUUAGCAUUAAUUAUUUUAAAUCUGUUUUGGAGAGUGUAGACAGCUCUGUACCUGUACUUGUGCACUUCCCCUUAUUCUUCUAACAAGACUUAUCUCUUAGAAUAUUUUUAUAUGAUGUUUAGCAUAGUCUUAUUAGCUUGGAAACAUUAAACAGUUUCAUACACAAUCCUAAAAACAGUAAAUCAGUUUCUCUAUAGUUUUUGAUAAAAAACAGCCAAAAUUACUUCUAAACAUUGGGCAUGUCUGAAGAGAAUGCCUUUAUUUGAAUUAGCAAAUGAGGUGUAGUUUAGUCUGAUGCUGUGGUUUUACCUGCUCCUCUUGAGUUUUUGAAGUGGUGAAAUCAAAGUGAUAAGGUGUACGAAGAGUUACAAGGUGAUAGAUAAUCUGAGGGUGCUGUGCUUUAUAUCUACAAGUGCAAUAUGCUUUUAUGUAGCAGAGGGGAACUUCAACAGUAAUGUUGCUUGCAGCGAGAUGUGCAUGUGACAGCUUGGGAAGAGGGAUGUCACAACUGGAGUGCAAUGGCAUUUUGUGUCUAGCAGAAUAAAAUCUUUAAAGAGCUCAGUUUAGGCAGUCUACAAUUGUUAGUAUUUGGGAAACCCAUCUUCAGCCUGUUUUGCAUAAAUAGUGUUAGGGAAGUGAACUGCUACUGCAGAGAAUUAAUUAAUAAAGUUUUUUAAUAUAUAUUAACAAAUACUACUUUUUCUCACUCAAUAGCCUCAAGUUAAAAUAUACAAAUGUAGCAUUUGAUGGAAUAUCAGCAUAAAUCUUGCUUACUGUAAGACUGCAUUUUUAUUUACCAUACUUGUUAAAAUCCAGUGAUGCCAUAAGGUAAGGCCUUUUGUCCCAGACAGGUUCUGAACUCAAAGGCAUGUGCACACGUAGAUAUGCACAUUUAGGUUAUUUUUCUUAAUUGGCUACAAAGUGUGAACUAGAUCUUGAGAAUCUCUCUAUUAUACUCCAGUUUGUUAAAGAAUGUGCAUAGCAUAUGGCACCUGUUUGAGCUUGGCUUAUGGCACAGUUGUCAAAUUUAUAGACUUUAAGACAGAUAAGCAAUGUACUCUUCCUGUGUCUGUUAUCUGAAAGCCAGUAUGGCUUAGUGUGUAAAUCUGAAUUUAGCUAUGGAAAAAUCCAUUUAGGAGUGUGUAUACCUUAGAACUCAUUUUUUUCCUUUGUUAAGCCAUUGAUAGCAAUGAGAUAUUCUUCAGAAAAUGUAUGGAGUGUUUGGUUGUUAAAAAUAGUUUGGUUGUUAAAGGCAGUCAUUGUUUGGGCUGAAAAUUGUUAAUGGCCCAGGAUUUUCCACUAAAACAUUUGCAAAUGUUCCUAAUGACACACCAGUUUGGUUUCUUUUUGCUCUUUGAGCUUGCAUUAGUCCAUGUCCAGAACUUUAAAACAACCUUUGAAUUUUUUAAACUUUUUAUAUCACUGGAACAGAAAGAACAUCUAAAUGAAAGCUUCAAGCUAACUUUAUUUUUCAAGUAUUUCAAGAAUUAUUCUUCUGAACUGAGAUUUUAUAAGUUGACUUUCUGCUGAGAACUGACAUGAAGUUCUUAAAAUGUAAUUUUAUAAUGAUGCAAACAGGUUGUUAAUUGCAGCAUAAUGACACUUGCAAUUACAAUAUAAACUAAUGCAAAAGUUAUUUAAGUAGUGAAAAAGUAAACUUUGUAUUCUGUACAGCUUUUUUUAAUUAAGUUGCUGUAAUUCACACUGCUGUGAUGUAGGUACUGUAAUGUGUGCCUUGUAAAAUAUAUGUACUGUAUGUUAUAUGGAAAAAUAGGUAUAUUAACACUGAAAAACUAGUAAUUUGGUAUUGGUUGGUAUUACUUACUCUGAAGUGCAACAUUGAGCAAAGAAGUUUGGAAAAGGAAUCCCAUUGGCAUGGACAUGGCAAUGAGUUCCAGAAGCUAGACCUUGAAAAUGUGAAUUACUACAAAUAACUGUUGGUGGGGGGCAUUAGAACAAAUUAACUUUCUUGUGUUAAGUGAACAUUUCUUACAGGUUUAAUGUGAAAUUGCAAUUUAAACAUUAGAGAUCAUAUUAAUGGCUAAGGACAUUCCACUAUAUUAAACUUUGUGUAUGAAUUGUGCAAUAAAGUUACUUUGGAAGAAA